UUCUGCCAUUUGAUAGGUGGGGAAUCAGGCCUAGGGCAAAUAAUACCCGAGGUGACACAUAGAAAACGGCAGGGGCCAUACUGGGGUGCCAUUCUCGCUCAUUUCGCUGGCUGAGUUCGUUUUCAAUUUCCAGAUGAGCAGAAGGGCGGGUUCCUCGUUAGCGGCCCGCGGAAGCUCUCCGGGGCUCGACAGCGCUCGCAGCAGGAACACUCUGUGCGGCUUCCGCGCUGCCGGCACUCGGAGGGGCGGAGACACGCCGUCCGCACACCCCUACGCCGUCCGCAGUCUGCGGCGGGGCCCCAGAGGCGCGCGGCGGGGCCCGGGUGCUGCCCGAGCGCGCGGCAGGGCGGGUGUGGCGAGCGGCGGAGGGCAGAGCGGGCCUGAGUGUGAUCUGGGGGGCUGGGCCAUCGUGAGCUGGCCCUGCGACGCCCCUAACUGUCCGCAGAACCCAGCCGCGAAGCCACGGAGCCUGUGCCGUCAGUCAAGUCCCACGACCUCUAGACAGCACUUUGUUCCAAGGACAAGAGGGCCCCGUCAGGCCAGUGGCUUCAGUCACUCCGGGCGUUUUGAAAAAUGCAUCAAGCUCUUCUGAAACGCGACAGGCCCGUGGCAGGCUCAUGCUGUGGAGAAGGGGUCCCAGGGGAGAGGCGCCCUCAGGUCUUGCCUGUGGUAUCUGAGGAGCGUCUCAAUGUCACCGGCGCUUCAGAGCGGCAAGCGUAGCCGAGAGAGCGCACACAGCAUCAGCCGAACUUCCUUCCGUGACGCUCCCCGUUUCCAGAGGCCGAGCUCUCCAGCCUGGAGCCUUCGGGCGUCCACCGGCCCCGGCGGACUCCCAGCCGUGGAAACCCGGGGCUGCCCGCAGCGGUUUCACUUCCCGGGGUGGCGGCGCCAGGCCCCGUGUGGCUCCCCGCCCCGCCCCCAGGGCCUCUCUCCACGCGGCGCCCGGUGACACGCCGCCCGCGCCGGCCCGGGGCUGAUCUGCCGCCAGGGGCAGGGCAUAACCGGGGGCCCCUGUUGGGUCGGCGUCGGACGGGCCCCGGGGCUGCCGAAGGGUCUCCCCGGGUGGCUGGCGGUGACCUUUCCGAGGCCUGACUGCACCUCCUCGGCGACCGCGGGCUCCCGGGCCAGCGCGCGGCCGGAAGCGAGCCCCGGCGGUGGGCGGCGCCUGCGGGCGGCCUCGGGGUGCGCUCGGGCCGCCGGCCUGGGCCUCGGUUCCCGCGGCCGCGCCCGCCGCCGGCCGGGCACUACCGGGAGCGGGGCGGCGGGAGAGAGCCAUGCGGCGCCUGCGCCCGCUGCUGCUGCUGCUGCUGCUGCUCCUGCCGCGGCCGGGCGCCCCGGGACCCGGCGACGACGCGAGCCCGCCCGACGCGGCCCAGGAGCCCCUCCGGGGCCUGCGCGAGCGGCUGCGGGCGGCCGCCGCCCUCUCCCGACGGUACUGGGCGCUCCUGCGCUGCCGCGUGUGGCCCGAGGACUGUGAGCGCGCCGAGGAGGCCGGCGCGGGGCUCCUGGGCUGGAGCCUUCCCCUGUUGGGCCAGCAGUAUCUGGACAUCCUGACCUCGUGGUACUGCAGCUUCCAAGCCUGCUGCGACAGCGGGGACUGCAGGAUCUCCAACAACUUCACAGGCCUGGAAUGGGACCUGAGUGUGCGACUGCACGGCCAGCAUCUGGCCCGGGAGCUGGUCCUGACGACGGUGAGGGGCUACUUAGAGCUGCCCCGGCCAGACAAGGCCCUGGCUCUGUCGUUCCACGGCUGGUCAGGCACAGGCAAGAACUUCGUGGCUCGGCUGCUGGCAGAGAACCUAUACCGGGAUGGGCUGCGGAGCGACUGUGUCGAGACGUUCAUCGCCACCCUACACUUUCCUCACCCGAAGUAUGUGGACCUGUACAAGGAGAAGCUGGCAAGUCAGAUCAAGGAGACGCAGGAGCGCUGCCCCCAGACCCUGUUCAUUUUUGACGAGGCCGAGAAGCUACAUCCGGGAAUGCUGGAGGCCCUUAGGCCACACCUGGAACUCCAGGCUCCCGAGAACCACAGGGUCGAGUCCCCGAAAACCAUCUUUCUUUUUCUCAGUAACCUUGGUGGCAAUACCAUCAAUGAAGCUGUCCUGACUCUGCUUCAGGCCGGAGGGGCCCGGGAAGAAAUCAGGCUGGACCAGCUGGUGCCCCGGCUCCAGGCCGAGAUGGAGUCCACGGACACUGGCUUUGGCCACAGCUGUCUUGUCAAGGAAAACCUGAUUGACUUCUUCGUCCCCUUCCUGCCCCUGGAGUACCACCACGUGAGGCUGUGCGCACGCGACGCUUUCCUGAGCCAGGGGCUCCCGUACACAGAAGAGGCCCUGGACCAGAUUGCCAAGAUGAUGGUGUAUAUCCCCAAGGAGGAGCAACUCUUCUCUUCUCAGGGCUGCAAAUCUAUUUCCCAGAGAAUUAGCUAUUUCCUGCCUUGAGGGCUCGAGGAAGACUUCCUGCAGCUGCGGGUUUUCCCCCACCAGGACCCUGGGGCCGGUCAGGAGGGCAGGCUGGCCUCCAGCCGUCACUCCCACACACAAAAGGUGUGUAAGAAGGAAAGGCCUUAAAUCAGAAACAGAGCCAACACUUUAAAUCACUUGAUGCCUUAAAGAGCCACAUUUUAAAAUGUGGGCCAGGUGGUUGGAGACAGCCACAGGCCAGAUGAAUCCCAAGGCCUGGCUAGCAUCUCCGCCCUUGCCUGCAGAGGCCCGGACUUGGGGGUGAGGCCAGAGGUCGCGGGGUCCUCAUUGACAGGGAAGGGAGACUCAAGCUCCGCUUACCAGUGGCCAGGCUGCACCUCGGGUGUGCAGGCACAGGGGCUUAGCUUUCAAGCUGUUCCCAGAGGGAAGCGGAGCAGGUUUGUGUGUGAGCGGAUCAGCAAAGAGCCUCAGGCUGAAGGAAAAAGUACGCAAAAGAAAAUUUUAUAUAUAUAUUUAUAUAUAAAUCAUGUCAGUGGAGAUUAAGAUUUGUACUCUUAGAUCUGAAAGAAUUUAAGCAAGGGGCUUUGACAUGGCGGUGUCAUGUGUAAAGAUUAAAAGUUUGUAUUUUUCUAAAA